UCGCAUUUAAAAUCCGCGCUUGCGCCGAGAGAAAAGAUCGAUGUGUUUAUCAACAAACCGAUGGUAUAAUCGUCUAUUUAUUUAAUUAAUUAUGGCUCAAAAACACAUUUAAAUGAAUUAAUCAUUCGCUUGCGAUAGUGCGCGCGUUAAAUUUAACUCGCAACGAGAAUGACAAUAACCUGCAAUCGAAGAACAAUAGUCUACUUCCUUUCCAUACUUAACCUGGUAUGGGGCUACCUGAAUCCAAUUAUACUCAUACCGGGCGACGGCGGCAGCCAAGUCGAAGCCAAACUGAACCGCACAAAUGUCGUACACUACAUAUGCGAAAAACAAACCAAAGACUACUUCAACAUCUGGCUCAACAUGGAACUGCUGGUGCCUCUGGUCAUCGAUUGUUGGAUAGACAACAUCAAGCUCACCUACGACAACGUCACAAGAACCACGAGAAACGCAGAAGGAGUUGACAUUCGGAUACCCGGAUUUGGGCAAACCGAGACUGUUGAGUGGCUGGAUCCAAGUCAUGCAAGUAGUGGAGCCUACUUCAAGGAUAUCGGUAAUCUUAUGGUCAGUCUUGGACAUGAGAGGAAUAAGAGUCUCAGGGGUGCCCCAUAUGACUUCAGAAGAGCUCCAAAUGAGAAUCAGGAGUUUUUCGUAAACCUGAAGAAGCUCAUUGAAGAUACAUACAGUAUGAAUGGCAACACCCCAGUCAUCCUCUUGGCUCACUCCAUGGGUGGGUUGAUGUCCUUGCACUUUCUGAAUCAACAAACCCAAAAAUGGAAGGACCAAUACAUUAAAAGUUUGGUGACUCUAAGUGCUGUUUGGGGAGGAUCCAUGAAGGCUAUCAAAGUGUAUGCUAUUGGGGAUGACUUAGGUUCAUAUGUUUUGAGAGAAAGUGUGUUGAGGGCUGAACAAAUUACAUCACCCAGUUUGUCUUGGUUGUUGCCUUCCAAGCUUUAUUGGAAACCUGAUGAAAUACUCAUUGAAACUGAAAAGAAGAAUUUCACUAUUAAUGAUCUGAAAGAAUUUUUUAAUGACAUAGCAUUUCCUGAUGGUUGGGAAAUGAGACAAGAUACUGAGCCAUAUCAACUAAAUUUUAAACCACCUGGUGUUGAAGUUCAUUGUCUUUAUGGAGUAAAUGUAAACACUGUGGAAAAAUUGAGCUAUAUUAGACAUCAAAAGUGGUAUUCAUUAAACCGUUUCCGUUAUAGAUUGCACUAUAAACCGGGCACAUGGCUGGACGGUUACCCCACUUUGAUUUACGGUGACGGGGACGGUACCGUUAACAGGCGAUCGUUGGAGGGUUGCCUCCACUGGCGUAGCCUCCAGAAGCAAAAGAUUCACGUGAUUCCGUUCGAAAAGGUCGAUCAUUUGCAAAUAUUGAACAAUCCAGAUGUAUUAGAUUAUUUGGCAGCUUUGGUUAAUGGAAUUUGAAACGAAUUUUUAGUUGGUUUGGGUGGAAUGCCGCGUCUGUUUAUUUAUUUUGUCUUCCUUGCUCUCUUAUGAUGUGAUAACUGGUAUUUUGUUAAUAAAUAUUUUUUCGAAUUA